CUUUUUUUUCUCUUUUCUUUUUUCCUCUUCUUUAUCACUUGACAACUUUUUUUAUAUAUCUCUCUACAAAUAACACUUUUUAGCAAUGUCUACUGAACGUGAAAACAAUGUCUACAUGGCCAAGCUCGCUGAGCAAGCCGAACGUUAUGAUGAAAUGGUUUCUUUUACCAAGGACGUUGCAAAGAUGGGUGUUGAAUUAACUGUUGAAGAACGUAACCUUUUGUCUGUUGCUUACAAGAAUGUGAUUGGUGCUCGUCGUGCAUCUUGGAGAAUCGUUUCUUCUAUUGAACAAAAGGAAGAAAGUAAAGGUAACGCUUCUCAAGUUGAAAAGAUCAAGGCUUACCGCCAAAAGAUCGAAAGCGAACUUCAAGAUGUCUGUAAGGAUAUCUUGGCUGUCUUGGCUGAAAACUUGAUUCCUAAUGCUCAAGGUGGUGAAUCUAAGGUCUUCUACUACAAGAUGAUGGGUGAUUAUCAUCGUUAUCUUGCUGAAUUCCUUACCAGUGAAGCCCGUAAAGACUCUGCUACUCAAGCUCAUGAAGCUUACAAGACUGCAACAGAAAUCGCUCAAACAGAAUUGGCUCCUACUCAUCCUAUUCGUCUCGGUCUUGCCUUGAACUUCUCUGUCUUUUACUACGAAAUUCUUAACUCUCCUGACCGUGCCUGUCACUUGGCCAAGCAAGCUUUCGAUGAUGCUAUUGCUGAACUCGAUACUCUCUCUGAAGAAUCUUAUAAGGACUCUACUCUCAUCAUGCAAUUACUGAGAGAUAACUUGACUUUGUGGACUUCUGACUUGCAAGAAGAUAAUGAAAAGUCAGAUGAAGCUAAGGCUGAACCUGUUGAUGAAUCCAAAUAAACAUUUUUCUUUCUAUAAUCUUAUCUCACCUUCUACACUUAAACCCCCAUACACACAUCUCUCUCUCCCCCUUUUUUCCUUUUUUUUUAUAUUUAUAAAGUCUCCCCUCUUUUUUUUUGAUAUCAGAAAAACGAUA